UGUUUUGUGCCACACAGUGCUCAAAGACGAAUCCCGAGCUUGGCUGAUAAAGGCUCUUGGAGAAGUUCGGGACUUGGAAUUCCAACGUGGGAGUCGCUGGUUGCCAAGGAGACGCUAAAGGAGUCGGUUCCGUUGGAGGCGCUCUCCUCCUCUUCCUCCACACAUCCUGAAUUCUGCUGACUUAACCGCAGCUUUCGGGUUAUUAAAACAAUGAACGUCGUCUUACACUCAGCAGGGUGAGGCGAAUUUAAUCAUACAUUACUGAUAGCGACAGGGGCGUAGCAACAUGUCAGGGCACGGGGGAGCAAAAAUAUUAAUAUAAAAUAAGCGACGGUAACUGGGAGCAAUUAGGCUUGAGUGAACACUGGAGGACACGCCCCCCGCCACUCGUUACGCCUAUGUAUGCCAUGGUGGACACUGUCUUUUCUGCUGUUACUGAUCAUUUAUUACGCGUGUCGCAUGAUUGGGAAAACGCGUGUGCAGUGACUGGUACGUGCAAUGCGACGUGCAGAGAGCAGCUCGAGUUGCAGGAAUGACGCGUGGGUGAAGGGGAGGGGAAUAAAUAUAUUUAGUCUCUUUUCCCCCCGGCUCGCCAUACCUCCCGGGUGGUCACUGUCAUGUUUUGCAUGCCGUUGUGUGCGCGCUCCACGCCGCCGAUUUCCCUCCCUUGCGCUCGCGCUUGCGAAUUCCGGAGUGGAAAAAAAGAAACAUGGUGGCAAGCGCACGAGCCAGGAAGCUCCCGCGGCGGUACAAGCUCGCAAUCGCAGCGGCGCUGACGAUCCUGCUCAUCCAGGGGCUGGUGGUGUGGAGCCUGAGGAGCCUUGAGGACGGGCAGCUCGAGAGGAAGCACCGGCGGUCAAAGCUUCCAGACAGUAAUGGUCAAGAUCCAAAGAAGGACACAGGCCCAACAACAGCCAGUGCCCUGAGACGGGGUACGAGGCGCCGCAGUCAGUUCUCACCAAGGCCGAGGAGUCCUCAGGGCCAAGGGGGUGGCGCCUCAGAGGGAGGGGCACCUUACGAUCCCUCCAUCAGACGCAACUACACCAAGAAAAAGGAUAGGGAGGGGGCGAGCAGGGUGCUGCCGGUGCUGUUGGGUGAGGUGGGCAGUGUGGAGGAGGCUCCAGCAGCCCACGGCCCUGCUGGUGACUACAUAUCCAAGUGUGAGAUCAAGGGCAAAGAUGCACUUUCGGCUCUGCGUCGUGCCCGUUCGCGCCAGUGCCGGCAGGAGAUCGCCAACAUCGUCUGUCUGCACCAGGCCGGACAGCUUAUGCCACAGUCUCUCCCCCAGUCCUGCCAGCAUCAUGGUUUGUCAGAUGCUGCUCUGCGGGGAGAAGGUCUGGGUGGAGCCCUGGGAGAUGUGUCCGACCCAUCCAAGGUGGACAACCCAGUUCAUGUGGCCUUUAUGCUGGUGGUCCAUGGGCGUGCCAUCCGCCAGCUAAAGCGCCUCAUUAAAGCCAUCUACCACCAAGACCACUACUACUACAUUCACGUGGACAAGCGCUCAAACUACCUGCACCAUGAAGUGGAAGAGAUUGCUAGGCAGUACAACAAUGUACGAGUGACCCCCUGGCGUAUGGUGACCAUCUGGGGCGGCGCCAGCCUGCUGAAGACUUACCUACGCAGCAUGCAGGACCUCCUUUCCAUGCUGGACUGGAAGUGGGAAUUCUUCAUCAACCUCAGCGCCACUGACUUCCCCACCAGGACCAAUGAGGAACUGGUGGCUUUUCUUUCUCAGCACAGAGAUAAAAAUUUCCUCAAGUCUCAUGGAAGGGAAAACGCAAGAUUCAUUAAGAAACAGGGUCUGGAUCGUCUCUUCCAUGAGUGCGACUCCCACAUGUGGCGCUUAGGUGAGCGAACCAUCCCGCCAGGCCUGGAAGUGUCAGGCGGAUCUGACUGGUUUGCCCUUACACGUCGCUUUGUAGAGUAUGUGGUCCGUUCGCAGGACCCACUUGUGUCUGGGCUAAAGCAGUUCUACAGCUACGCCCUGCUUCCAGCUGAGUCAUUCUUCCAUACCGUCCUGGGGAAUAGCCACCUGUGUGAUACAUUGGUGGACAACAACCUGCGUGUCACUAACUGGAACCGAAAGCUUGGCUGCAAGUGCCAGUACAAGCACAUUGUGGACUGGUGUGGCUGCUCACCUAACGAUUUCAAACCCGGAGACCUGGUGCGCAUUCAGCAACUGACCCGGCCCACAUUCUUUGCCCGGAAGUUUGAGUCCACAGUUAACCAGGAGGCCAUCAACAUCCUGGAUGCCCAGCUGUACGGGCACUACCCCCCUGGGACCCCAGCUCUAAAGGCCUACUGGGAAAGUCUGUUUGAGCAGGCAGAUGGUGUGAGCUCCCUCAGUGAUGUGGCACUCACUGCUUAUGCCUCUUUCUUCCGCCUGGGCCUCCAGAGCCUGGAGGCAGCCCAUGGGAGCAACAAUGCUUGCAGGUAUGAGCCUAUUGGCUACCCGGCAUCUGUGCACCUUUAUUUCUAUGAUGACCGUUUCCAGGGGUACUUGGUAAGGCAGGAGGUACAGGCUACAGAAACGGGGGCAAGGGAAACCCUGGAAGUAUGGGCAGUGCCCCAGUCCACGCUGCAGGUGGAGACCAACCUGCGUGAAUUUUCGCGGCUCAAAAACCUAGAGGUGGGGACAGAAUGGGACCCAAAGGAGAGAAUAUUUCGGAACUUUGGUGGGAUUCUGGGGCCACUGGAUGAGCCUAUAGCCAUGCAGAAGUGGGCAAGAGGGCCCAAUUUGACUGCAACUGUUGUUUGGCUUGACCCAUCACAUACAAUGGUGGCCUCUUAUGACAUCAGUGUGGACUUUGAAGUGGAAUUCACACAUUACAAGCCACUACUGCAGCACCCCCUACAGCCUGGAGGCUGGACAGUGCGGGUACUGCGACAACGGGAUCGUGUAGCCGAAGUCCGGUUCCUCGUUGUGCCCUUGGCAUUUAUUAGGAAACAGCCGCUGCACAAAGAUGAGGACAGUUGGCUACUUGCUGGCCCAUCUAGCAGCCCAUACCUGGAGGGACAGGGUCUCCAGCAGCUGCCCCAGGGAGAGUCUGCUCUAGAGGAGGCCCAGAGGAGACCACGUGUGAUGGGCAGGCCGAUGGAAGACUGGGUGGACAGUGUUGUUGGGGUAUUCUGGGUGACUGGGGACAUUUGUGCCACUGAUCCUUCACUCUGCCCCUCCCUAGGACCCUGCUCGAAAUCCACAUGGAGCUCUCUGUCCCACGACCCCAAAUCUGAACUUGGACCUGUAAAGAGCAAUGGGCGGAUUAGGUAGCCCCCCUAGAGGGAGGAUUCUUCAGAUUCAAAAGGUGGACAUCAAUUUUUCAUGUGAAUGUGUUUGCAGGUGGGGCGAGAUUAAACUGUGACUGUUUCUGCCUAGUGGUUGACUUGGAACCCAUUUAUUGAGGAACAUAAGAGUUCACUUUGCCAGAAGUCUGGCGAAAGGAAGAUCUCAGAUUUUGCACAGACUUCCAGAUAUUUUUCAUAAAUUCAUUUUUAAUAGCAGUGUUUUUCAUUCUUUACUAUGCAUGGAUCUGACGUUUAAAUCUGAAUCGAGUAAACUUAUAAAUACUGAAAGUUUUUUAAUUACACCACAUGUGUACUAUGCACUGAAGUACAGGUUAAAAUCUAUUGUUUUUUAUGUAUUGUCUUUCAUAUCAGUCACACAUCAUUUUAGGGAUUAGUUUUUCUCAUACAUUUUCUUAUUACCUGAAUUUAAGGGUCAGACAAAGCACACUUUACUAAAGGACACUGAUGCAGGAGUCUCAUUAAGAUUGAGGAAUGCAGAGAAAAGGACACUUCACAGAGAUCACUGUUGAGUAUGGCAAUUCUUCUCCUUUUACUCCUACUGUACCUUUACACCCCCCGUGAAAGUGUUGCAUGGAUACCAACUUUCCUUUUUCAAUGGAUGACAAGUGUGAAACUAUAAAAAACCUUCUGUGCUGAUGUUGACGGUACAAGAAAAAGAGUUGGGAAUUCUUAAAUAGGCGGUCAUAUUUGCACAGUUCAUUUCACUACCAAUAUACAGAACUUGAUAUUUUCAAGCCUUUAGCAGGGCACUUCAACCAUUUUUAGAUUUGAUACUGGAUGUUUCCUUUGAAAUAAGGAGGUGCCAAAGCUGGCCUUUAUAUUUACCAGAGCAAUGCACUAAACACAUGGUAUUAUAGAUGGGUUUUAUCUCAGUACUUAAUUAUGCCUUUUUAACAAAAUGUGAAAGCACAUUUAUUUUGAAUUCAGUUACUGGAAUUUCAUUUGAAUGUUGGUUAGCACAUACAGUUUAGAAUCCGCAGUGUUUUGCUGCAUAGUAUCAGGAAAGGAAGUAAAGUGACCUUUUAUCCCCUUGUGUGGUUGCUUCAGUGAAGCAUUUCUUGGUAAAGUACAUACAUGUGUCUGUAUGUAUGUACAUCACAGGUCUUCAUAAUGAAUAUGGAUAUUUUUGUAUUUAUAAUGUUGAGCAACAUUGAUCCUUCAUUAGUAAAAACUGGAAGCCAUCUUUCUUUUUAAACUUAAUGUAAAGGCUCCUUGUGAAGUGACCCAUGAAUGUGGUCAUGUGGUGGUGAGAAUCAGGUGAAUUACUGAAACUUAAUGCUUGACUGUAGCAAGGGAACAACCCAUUUCUGUGAAAGUUAUGCAGUGUGAUCCCUGCUGACACAAUAAAGUGCUGAACUAUAAC